AAUAAUCCAUAGCAUUCUCCAGCCACAGUCCCCAAACGGCUAGCCAGCCUCACGUGGCGUUUCGCCCCGCCACUGGCCGAGUCUCCGCCGAUCGUGAAGUCCGGCGAUGAUUUGGACGAGAUCUCGAUUUCUCUCUUCUAUCUAUCUACGUAUCGAUACUAUCCUCCCUCCAACCUCUCGCGCCCGCCAUGGCGCGCUCAUCUGUCGUCCAGGAAUACGCACCACCUCCGCGCUCAACCACCUUGACCGUCGACAGCAAAGUCGCCCAUGAACGCCAGCACACUGCGAUCCCGCGCCCCAAGGGGUAUCGAGUAUCAUGGCACGCCAACCCGGCCGUCGAACCGCAUCAUUUCGGCCAGUCGCAUCCGAUGAAACCGUUUCGACUGACCCUCACAAAGCAGCUGGUCAUGGCCUACGGCAUGCACCAUGCGAUGGACCUGUAUCUAACCCGAGCAGCGACCUACGAAGAGAUGGCCGAUUUCCAUAAUCCCGACUACCUCGACUUCCUCAAGACCAUCAUCCCGUCGGACAUGCAGUCUGCUGAGCAGAGCGAUAACCUCGCCCGGUUCAAUUUCGGAGACGAUUGUCCCGUCUUCGAUGGCUUGUAUAACUACGCCUCGCUCUAUGCCGGCGGCACUAUCGACGCGGCGCGCAAGCUAUGCAAUAAUCAGUCUGAUAUCGCGAUUAAUUGGUCGGGAGGUCUUCAUCAUGCGAAGAAGGCUGAAGCCAGUGGCUUCUGCUACGUCAAUGACAUCGUCCUGGGCAUCCUACAGCUGCUACGCCAUCAUCCGCGCGUCAUGUACAUCGACAUCGACGUCCACCAUGGCGAUGGCGUCGAACAGGCCUUCUGGUCAACAGAUCGCGUCCUCACCGUCUCCUUCCACAAAUACGACAAGGACAAUUUCUUCCCAGGAACAGGCGCCCUCGACAGUAAUGGUCCCGCGCAUCCUCUGAACCCAGGCGCGCAUCACGCGCUGAAUGUACCCCUCAACGACGGGAUCGAGGAUGACGACUACAUCGCGCUCUUCAAAGAGAUCAUCGGAUCAUGCAUCUCGACUUUCAAACCAGGCGCCAUCGUCCUGCAAUGCGGCGCCGACAGUCUGGGCUGCGACCGUCUCGGCUGCUUCAGCCUGAACGUCCAAGCCCACGGCGCCUGCGUCGCGUACGUCAAGACAUUCGGUAUCCCUCUCCUCGUCGUCGGCGGCGGUGGCUACACCCCCCGUAACGUCUCUCGAGCCUGGGCCCACGAGACCUCCAUCCUCAUCGACGCCGCCAACAUCAUCGACCCCAACAUCCCCGAAGCAGUCACUUUCCGCAACCACUUCGGUCCAGACUACAGCCUCUUUCCCCCUCUCUCCGACAUGCGUCGGAUCGAAAAUAAGAACUCUCGCGCCUACCUCGCCAAUCUCGUUCGAACCAUCAAGGAGAAACUCCGUUACAUCCAAGGCGCCCCCAGCGUGCAAAUGAGCUUCAUCCCACCCGAUAUCCUCGGGAUCCGGGAAGACAUGGAAGAGGAGAUCAAAGAAGAACAACGAAUGCUGGAGGACGAGCUCGAAGACCGCGAAGGAGGCGGCACCCGCACAACCACAACGAAUUCUGGUCGUCGACGGCGAGAUCUCGAGCGCGGUGCUGGCACAAGAGGUGAAUUGUACUCUUGAGAAGAGAAUAAACCCUAUUGCAAAAUUAUGGGUCUGGUUUUGGUUAUCUGCAUAAUACGCUCUUCUUCGUCUUGGUGUCACAAAAAACUGGCGUUUUGGUACAUUCGAGCCACGGCGUUCACUUGUCUGAAAGAUUCUUACUUUUUUUGCUUGGCGAUUAUUCCUUGAAGCAUGGCCUGUCGAUAUCUCUUUUGAGUAGUGGGGCUAUUGUCAUAUACUGUACAUACAUACGUGCGCUGCAUAUUAUAUUCUAGACACUGAUACCU